AUGUAUCAAUCUUCAUCUUCUAAACCAAAGCUAAACAUUAAUAAUAAUUCCACAACAAUCACCACUAAUCCAACUACUACCCUCAAUCCUUUACUUUUUGCAACCCCAUUAAAUUUCAAGCCAGCAUCUACAUCCACCACAUUAAGCACUGGGUUUGAUAAUCAUAUACCUAAAUCAUACAUUGUUUUAUCAAAUAACAGCAACAACUCAAGUAUGAAAACUUCCAAGAAACUUGGUAAAUCAAAUACUAAAAAAACUACUAAUGAUCCACCAAAACCUAAAUCUUUAAAUGAAGCAAUUGCUAAUUAUACUGGCAAUAAAUAUUUGACUCAUAAGGAAAGGAAAAGGAAAAGAAAAUUACAAGAAAUAAUAAAUGAAGAUAAUCAAGUCCCCAAAGAAGAUCAACAAGAACAAGGUGAAGAUGAUGAAGAAGAAGAAGAAACCGAUGAGGCAAAACAUGUAACUAAAAAAGUGAAAAAAGGAAUGUGGGAUUCUAUUAAAUCAUUCUGGCUGAGUACACCUACUUCCACACCAACACCACCUACAGAAGAAGAAGAAGAAGAUUUAGGAGAAAAUAUAGAAGAGAAGCAAGAGGAAAAAGAGGAAGAGGAAGAAAACGAAGACGAUGAUUCAAGUUCUCCUGGUGAAGUAUUUACUGAGACAUCACCAUUUACUGGAUUUAGUGAACCAGAAAAAAGUGAAAUUGACGAAGAAGAUGAAGAAGAUGAUGCAGAUUUUGUGGAUGAAGAGUCAGGUUCACCUGAAAGUGGUGAUGAAGAUGAUGAAGAUGUUGAAUCAGAUUCUAUGUCACCACAAGCAUCUGAUGAUGACGAUGAAGAUGAAGAUUUAGAAAAGUUAAAAUAUGAUUUAAAAAUCGAUCAAUUAGUCAACGACAAAGAUGUCAAUGAAGACGAAGAAGAGGAGGAGGAAGAGGAGGAGGAAGAGGAGGAAACGCAAGAACGGACAUCAACUACUCCACCAACUUCACCAGAAGAAGACACAGAAAAGCAGCAACCAGAGCCACUGGAAGUUUCAUAUUAUGAUAUUAAUGAAUAUGAAGAUGAUCGUGGAUCUAAUAAUUCUACUAGAAUAUACAAAAAUUGGAGAGAACUUGCUAACAAGAAACCUCCAGUUGGAUUAUUAAACCAUGGCGUCACCUGUUACAUGAAUUCGGCAAUUCAAUCAAUUAUUCAUAUACCGGCAAUGCAACAUUAUUUAAAUGAUGUGAAUGAUAAUAAAUAUUCUCAACUUAAACCAAGAUCAGUGACCCAUGUUUUAGCUGAAUUAUCUAAAAGAAUGUGGUUAGCAUCAAAUACUAACAACAAUAAAAAGGGUAAAAGUAAUGGUGGAAUCAAGUAUAUUAAUCCGAAAAAAAUUAUUCAAAGAUUGGAUGAAAUUAAUUGCAUGAUGAGUGAAUGGCAACAAGAAGAUUCUCAUGAAUAUUACAUGUCAUUAAUCUCUAGACUACAAGAAGAUUCUACACCAAAGGGGAAAAAAUUGAAUGAAUCGAUUAUUUAUGAUAUCUUUGGUGGAUUAUUGAAUCAGCGUAUCACGUGUCAUAAAUGUCAUAAUGUUUCAAUCACCAAGCAAGAAUUUUAUGAUUUAUCAUUAGGGUUAAAUAAAAAGAAAAUCAAAUCAAACAAUAACGGCGACAACAUUACUAAUGAUAGCAAUAAUGAUACCACAUCCACUACUGCCACUUCCACCUCCACCUCCGACCCAAUCUUCAAUAGUAAUAAAUUUUCUGUUGAAAAAUCUAUUAAUGAUUUUUUCAGUAAUGAAGUAAUCAAAAAACUGGAAAAUGAUAGUAAAUCAGGUUAUUUCUGUGAGAAAUGUAAUCGAUUCACUCAUGCCAAUAAAAUAUCUUCCAUUGAAAUUGCUCCUGAAACUUUAACCAUUCAUUUCAAACGUUUUAAAUUCAACAACAAUUCUUCAUCCAAAGUCAAACAGCUGAUAAAUUAUAGUAAAUACCUUGAUUUAAGCAAAUAUAUGGUACAAGGCACAGCUAAAUAUCGUUUGACAUCAGUUAUUGUUCAUGAAGGAAGAUCAAUUUCUAGUGGACAUUAUGUUGCUCAUUGUUUACAACCUGAUGGAUAUACUUGGUGUACUUAUGAUGAUGAAUACAUUAAUAAAAUUGAGGAAAGAGUGGCAUUAAAUGAUCCUUCUGCUUAUGUGUUGGUAUAUACUAAAUUAACCCCAAAAGUUUAG